AAUAUUCGUUCAUUAUAAUCUAUCCUCAUGUGAUGUAUUCAUUAAACGCGUGUUGGACCUACAAAAAUCUUGUCCGAAGACGGCAAAACAGAAGAAGGACUUUUAGUACUAAAAAUAAGUUUCUAGUUAGGAGACAUAGAAGACGGUCUACAUUGAUACCUAAAAGUUGAGGCAGAAAGCAAUAUUUUUUUCCAAGGUACAAUGGGGGAAAAUUGUUCUUACAAUAACAGUUGGUUGACCACCAACAGUACGUAUUUUAACGCUUCAGUGUGUUUGGACGUAAAUGAGGUGUUACCAGAAUGCCGAUGCCAAUUUGCCGGACUUUUCGCCGAUUGCGAUGCCGGAAUGGGAUAUGUUCAUUACACAAAGCAAAUGUAUUGCCUAUAUGGUCCAGAAAGUGUACCAUACGUCGUUGUCAUGAGCGUUAUAUGGCUUUUGAUACUUUUUGCAGCUUUAGGACUCACAGCCAACGAAUUCCUGUGUCCUUCUCUGUUCAUCAUGUCAAAGGCAAUGAAAUUAUCUCAAAAUGUUGCUGGAGUAACUUUAUUAGCUUUUGGAAACAGCUCUCCUGAUAUUUUUGCUGCCAUUGCCGGUAUAAAGCAACAAAAGACAGAAUUGGUUAUAGGAGGCUUAUUGGGUUCUGGAAUAUUUGUGACAACUGUUGUAGCCGGAUCUAUACUUUUAACUCAAAAUUUCGGAAUGAUGAAAAGGCCAUUCUUACGAGAUUCUUUCUUCUACAUUCUAGCUGUAGCAUGCGCCUUUUAUCUCUUUUUCUCAAAGCAUAUUUUUAUCUAUCAUGCAAUUGGUUUUGUACUUCUGUAUUUUGUAUACAUCUUUGUAGUUGUAUUAAGCAGAUACAUUCAUCAAAAGCAUCUAGAAAAAAUGGACAAAGCUAAAGAAGCGGAAGCGGGAGAAAGCGGUGAAGUGAAAAAAGGAUUGAAAAUAACGGGUACAAAAGCUGCUGAUUAUGAUAAUCCUGAAGCAUAUGGAGUUGUUUUAACUGCUUUCUUUAAAUACAACUAUGAGGAAGAUCGUCGUCGAAAUACAUUGAAUCAUUUCUGUUAUGACAAUGAAGUGUUUUCAAUAUCAUUACCCUCAAUUUCUGAAGCUCCUCCAAGUUAUUUAGAAACUGAAAUGCAACGAUAUGAGGAAAAUAUGUGUUCUCCCGGAUGUGAUUAUUACAAGUCAUCAAAAGAUGAAAAAAUUCCUAUUCCUGAGCCUGUAAACCAAUGGUCAGAUUUCGCAGAAAAAGUGUCCCCUGUAAAUUUCAAGGAAUGGUCACAACAGAAUUGGAUGGAGCGAUCUCUCGAUAUUUUAAAAGGUCCUCUUAUGAUUCCAUUUGUUCUUACAAUGCCUGUAGUCGAUUACCAAAGCCCACGGGACAAUUGGUGCAGAAUUUUAAAUUGCCUUCAUCUUGUAACUGGCCCAUGUUUUGCUACAUUUCUCAUGUUUGGAACAUAUAGCAUAGGAGAAGUGAUUCCAUUAAUAGCCGUGGUAUUCAUAAUAUCUUGCAUAUUAGCUGGUAUUCUGUAUUACAUGACUACACCAGAAGAGCCUCCAAGAUUUCACACAGCUUUUGCUUUUUUGGGAUUCUUUAUUGCAGUGUGUUGGAUUUAUUGCAUUGCAACAGAGAUCGUCGUUUUAAUACAGGCUGUUGGAGUUGCUUUUAGUCUCAGUGAAUCUAUCCUUGGACUGACAAUUUUAUCAUGGGGAAACUGUCUACUCGAUUUUAUGGCGAAUCUCGCGGUAGCGAGGAAAGGAUUUCCAAGAAUGGCCAUUGCUGCCUGUUUCGGAGGACCCUUUUUAAGCUUGCUACUUGGAGUUGGAAUUCCUUGUAUAGUUGUAUUAAUUGGAGAUGGAGGAAAAGGAAUGGAUUUAAUGUAUUCACCUCUAACAACUAUAUUGUUUUCAACAUUGGCUUUGAGUCUUGUUGGUACAGUACUCAUGAUGUUGUUAUUUCGCUUCCAAACAAAACGAUUUUAUGGAAUUUACCUCAUCAUCCUGUACUUGGUUUUCUUGGUCCUUGCUGUAUUGAAAGAAUCACACAUUUUUUAAGAACUAGGAGAAAAAGCAUGGAAUAAUUUUAUAUGUAUUUUUAUUAUGAUGAAAGGAGGAUAACACGUGUUUACAUUACUUUUUAUUUUAAAAAAAAUAUUAUUUUA